CAAACGUUUCUGUUUCGUGCUGGUUUUAGUCCAUUUUUUUUCUUUGCAACCGACACUGCUUCGAGUGAGUGAUUGGAGCGAGAUGGCGACAAUCUGGCGCGCGCACCAUUCUCCGUGGCCGCGCCGGUCUGUCGUGGCUGCGAUCGUCGUGUUCCGGCUCGUCAAUGCGCUGUUGACUCAGACGUCGUUCGUGCCUGACGAGUACUGGCAAUCGCUCGAAGUCGCGCAUCGCUCCGUCUUUGGGUAUGGCUACUUGACGUGGGAGUGGACGGACGGCAAGCUGCGCGGAUUCUUGCACCCUGCUGUGUUUGCUGCUCUCAACCUGCUCCUGCAGAAGCUGGCUCCAACAGAGUGGCUGCCAGAGUUAAUUGUGGUGGCUCCGCGCCUCUUGCAAGCCGUGAUUGCGAGCGUGGGAGAUUGCUACGUCUACCGGCUCGCAUUCAAACUGUAUGGAAAUAGCCGGCGAGCUGCAAAUCUGGCGCUUGUUUGUCAUCUGACAGCAUGGUUUGGAUUUUACACAAUGUGCCGAACUCUUUCCAACUCGAUGGAAGCGGUGGGAACAGUCAUUGCGCUGUACUACUGGCCGUUGCCAUCGCCCUCCCAGCCUCUCCCAAAGGAUAUUGACUUUCACAAGGCCCUGGCAGCCGCGGCAGUCACCACCUUGCUGCGUCCGACAAGUGCCAUCCUGUGGAUUGUAGUGGUUCUCCAUCACUUGUGGACCUUUCGCUUUGCUGGUUUCCUCCGAUUGGUCAGCCAAGCGCUUGUGGUUGGAAUGCUUGCACUCGGUGCGGCAACCGCCCUCGACUACAUCUUUUACCAAGAGCUCGUCUUUGUUCAGCUCAACUUUCUGCGCUUCAACUUGCUCACGAACGCUGCCUCCUUUUAUGGAGUUCAUGCAUGGCAUUGGUACUGGUCGCAGGGUCUUCCCGCUGUGCAGGGGCCCCUCAUUGUGCCCUUUGCUCGUGGGGCUUGGCUUUCUCUUUUCGACAAGUCGAUGCGUCCAACCGACAAGGCAGCAAACCGCUGGCUGCUCCUCCUCAUCACAGCCACGGUUGCAGCGCUUUCGUUGCAACCCCACAAAGAGUUUCGUUUCGUUCUUCCUCUCCUGCCGCUGGUUGCGUGUCUUUGUGGCAGCACUUUGGAACUGGCCCGGCCUCGCACGGUCAAACUCUGCAUUGCGUUCUUGGUUUUGGUGUCGGCACCACUGGCGCUGUACACGAGCCUGGUGCACCAGCGAGGGACGAUUGACGUGAUGCAAGAGCUACGGACUGAAGCCUCACAGGGGCGGGUGUCUCAUGUGCUCUUCCUCAUGCCCUGUCACUCUACGCCAUACUACAGUCAUCUGCACUUUGAGAAUGUCUCAAUGUCGUUCCUCGAAUGUCCACCUCCACAAUUUGGGCGCAAUGAAGUUGCCGCCUUUUACGAAAAUCCGUUGCUGCAUUUGCAAAACCAAUUCGACGCCGCAGGCUUCGUGCCUCCAUCUCACAUUGUGCUGUUUGACAGCCUCUUCCCAGACAUUGAACCAUUUUUGUUUGUGCGAAACUAUUCGUUGAUGAAGGAAUUAUUUCACGCGCAUAUCGUAACAGAAGAUCAUGUCGGAGGGAAGGUGAUGAUCUUUUCGUCAAAGCUAGCAUAAUGCUCCAGAAUUCAAUACAUUCGUUUAAUGAAAACAACGC